GCUGGCCUCAGCAGUCAGCGACCCAAUUGCCAAAGGCGCCGGCUUUUUUUUGCCUCCUCCUCUUCCUCCAUUGGUGGCUUCGCUUUGAUCCCUCGAUUCGGGAGAGGAAGAUCGAGCCAUUCCCUUCCCCCCACCCGAUUCGUCUCCCCCCUCCGGCGCCCCUCGAGUUCUUGGAUUCCCUCUUCUUUUUCUUCUUCUUCUUGCGUUGGUACAACAAUCCGUCGAGAGCUCCGUGGCGUGGAUUGGAUUAAUUCUCUCUCGCCGAGGAAGAAAGAAAAAAAAAAACGAGACGGAGGCAUCGAGGUGGCCGUCUCCCCUCCGCCGCUAUAACAACAAGCCGCCGCCGCCGCCGCCGUUGUCGCCGCUUUGCUCUCUCCGCUACUCCGGCGACCGGGGAGAGGGUAGUUGCAUGAUCGGCAACAUCAAUCUGAAGAAUGGCUCUAAAAUCACCAGUGGAUUUUGCUGGCUCAAUCACUUCAGGCCAGAAGGACCCGUGUUGUUUUGGUGUGCCCGGCUGCAAUCCGCGAUGUGUUAGAUACAAUAAGAAAUCAAGAACAUGCCGAUUGGUUACUAGAGCCAUAUCCGUCGAUCGCCCGCAGCUAGACUUCUCAAACUCAGACUGGAAGAAGCAGUUCCAGGAGGAUUUCGAUAGGCGGUUCAGUUUGCCUCACUUGAAAGAUGUAAUCGACGUUGAACCGAGGCCAACAACGUUUUCCCUCAAGAGCAGGACCCCUCUGGAGAAUGUUAAUGGUUCUAUGCAAGGAUCAUGGAAUGGCUAUGUGAAUGACGAUGACAGAGCACUUUUGAAGGUUAUUAAGUUUGCUUCACCAACAUCUGCUGGAGCUGAUUGCAUUGACCCUGAUUGCAGCUGGGUCGAACAAUGGGUGCACCGUGCUGGCCCACGUAAACAAAUAUAUUUUGAACCUCAGUAUGUAAAGGCUGGAAUUGUCACCUGUGGUGGACUUUGCCCUGGUCUCAAUGAUGUCAUUCGGCAGAUUGUGCUUACACUGGAAAAAUAUGGAGUGAAAAACAUUGUUGGAAUACAGCAUGGUUUCCGUGGAUUUUUUGAGGAUCAUUUAGCAGAAGUGCCACUUAAUAGGCAAGUUGUCCAGAAUAUCAAUCUUGCUGGUGGAAGUUUCUUAGGAGUUUCUCGUGGUGGAGCAAAUAUCUCAGACAUUGUCGACAGCAUACAGGCCCGGAGGCUUGACAUGCUCUUUGUUCUAGGUGGAAAUGGAACUCAUGCUGGAGCUAACCUUAUACAUGAGGAGUGCCGCAAGAGAAAACUGAAAGUAUCAAUUGUGGGCGUUCCAAAAACCAUUGAUAAUGACAUACUACUGAUGGACAAGACAUUUGGAUUUGAUACAGCAGUUGAAGCAGCACAGAGAGCUAUAAACUCUGCAUAUAUUGAGGCACAUUCUGCAUUUCAUGGCAUUGGAUUGGUCAAGCUGAUGGGAAGAAGCAGUGGCUUUAUCACAAUGCAUGCUUCCCUGUCUAGUGGCCAAGUAGAUAUCUGCCUGAUACCUGAGGUACCGUUCACUCUUGAUGGGCCAAAUGGAGUUCUUCAACACCUUGAGCACUUGAUAGAAACCAAGGGAUUUGCUCUGAUUUGUGUAGCCGAAGGAGCGGGACAGGAACAUCUGCAACAGUCAAACGCAACUGAUGCAUCAGGGAACAUGAUCCUUGGUGAUAUCGGCGUGCACCUUCAUCAGAAGAUCAAGGCCCAUUUCAAGGAAAUAGGAGUACAUUCUGAUGUGAAGUACAUUGAUCCUACAUACAUGGUCCGUGCUGUGCGUGCCAAUGCAUCCGAUGCCAUCCUAUGCACUGUGCUUGGUCAGAAUGCUGUUCAUGGUGCAUUUGCAGGGUUCAGUGGCAUCACAACCGGCAUAUGCAACACGCACAACGUCUACUUGCCAAUCUCAGAAGUCAUCAAGUCCACAAGGUUCGUCGAUCCAAACAGCAGGAUGUGGCACCGGUGUUUGACAUCAACAGGGCAACCAGACUUCCACUGAUUCAGGUAUUGACAGUGGAAGCUCAUAGCAACUGAAGCUAAAAACUAUAGGCGGUUUUGUGCUGUAUAGUAAGAGUGGUGCUUGUGCCGCAUCACUCGUUUGAUGUUUUUUCGUCUUUCAUCAGAAAGAAACAUCAUCUUCCAUUGAUCCUUGAGGUGCAAGAUGGAUACAAUAAGCACCUCAUUGAAAAGAUAGCUUCUUUUUUAUAGAUUAGCAGUACAUGGUUUAUUAGAGACCACAUAGAAGUAGAGAAGAUUUCUAACUGCAAGGGAGAUGGUUAGCUCCCGUUACAACUGCAGAAACAUAUGUACACAUUACACAUUCUUCACAGCUGAAAUAAUGGAGAGAACAUUGCCACCAAACCAAGUACAAUGAGCAUUUGCAUCGCAA